CGCGAGAAGUCCCUGGCAGACGCGCAGACGACACAGCCAAGCCAUGACUCUCCUCACUCGCAUUCUCCCCCUCACGCGAACCCCUUUCUUCGUCGCCAGAGCCAUGUCCUCCUCGGGAUACCUGAUCAACGAGCCCAAGUACGCCUUCUUGAAGGACCUGGGACUCGAGGAGAGCAACAAGGGAGUCUUCAAUGGGAAAUGGUUUGCUAAUGGAGAGGUGGUGACCUCCAUGUGCCCUGCCAACAAUCGUCCCAUUGCUCAAGUCCAGCAAGGCACAGUGGAAGAUUUGGAUGCUUGUGUCAAGGCAGGAAAGGAGGCUUGGCAGGUGUGGGCAGAUAUGCCAGCUCCUGCCAGGGGAGAGAUUGUGCGUCAGAUUGGUGUCGCCCUGAGGGAAAACCUAGAGCCCCUUGGAAAGCUUGUGGCCUUAGAGAUGGGAAAGAUCAAACCAGAGGGCAUUGGUGAGGUGCAGGAGUAUGUAGACAUCUGUGAUUUUGCCGUUGGCUUGUCUCGCAUGGUUGGUGGCUCUGUGCUGCCCUCAGAGCGCCCAGGACAUGCCCUCUUGGAGAACUGGAAUCCUCUGGGUAUUGUUGGUGUGAUUACAGCAUUCAACUUCCCGGUUGCUGUAUAUGGCUGGAACAGUGCUAUUGCAAUGGUAUGUGGCAACACACUUUUAUGGAAGGGUGCCCCAACCACUCCACUAGUGUCAGUAGCUACAACCAAGAUUGUAGCCUCGGUCUUGGAGAAAAAUAACCUUCCUGGAGCUGUGUCUGCAUUGUGCUGUGGCGGUGCUGAUGUUGGCACUGCUAUUGCUAAGGAUGAGAGGAUUCCAUUGGUCUCUUUCACAGGUUCUACAAAUGUUGGAAAACAGGUUUCCCUUAUGGUUCAAGAGAGAUUUGGCCGCCAUCUGCUAGAACUUGGCGGCAAUAAUGCCAUUAUUGUGGACGAGGAUGCCGAUAUUGAGAUGGUUGUGAGGGCAGCUUUGUUUGCAUGUGUAGGCACUGCAGGCCAAAGAUGUACUACAACCCGUAGGUUAAUUCUGCAUGAAAAGGUCCAUGAUGAGAUUGUUGAGCGUCUUGUAAAGGCAUACAAAAGUUUCAUGCCACGUUUGGGCGACCCCUUGGAUGAUGGUGUUCUGUAUGGACCCAUGCACUCUCAGCAGGGAAUUGAUGGUUAUCUUGCUGCUGUCAAGGAAGCUGUUUCUCUUGGAGGAAAGGUUGAAUUUGGUGGUAAUGUGAUUGACCGUGAAGGCUUCUAUGUCGAGCCAACCAUUGUCACUGGACUCCCUCAUGACUCCCCUGUUGUCCACCGUGAGACCUUCGCCCCAAUUGUCUAUGCUCUUAAGUGCCCAUCAUUAGAUACAGGAAUUCAGUGGAACAAUGAGGUUAAUCAAGGCCUUUCGUCUUCCCUCUUCACACAGAACCUUGGCAAUGUUUUCAAGUGGCUUGGACCAAAGGGCUCAGACUGCGGUAUCAUCAAUGUUAACAUCCCUACCAAUGGAGCGGAAAUUGGUGGAGCCUUUGGUGGUGAGAAGCACACAGGUGGUGGCAGGGAGUCGGGCUCAGAUGCAUGGAAACAGUACAUGCGUCGAUCAACCUGCACCAUCAACUACACCAAGGAAUUACCCCUUGCUCAGGGCAUUAAGUUUGAGUAAUGCAAAAGAAUAUAGACCUUCCCUUUUACUGCUAAAUAGUACAAUAUGUGGUCAGAGCAGCUGCUGUUGAAUAUUUUCUUAUAUUGAGAAAUACAGAAACAACAGUUGUAUUGGCUGUCAGUUUGGGAGCUAAUAGUAGCUCGGUAAUGAAGAUAAAACAUAACCUUACAGGCAGUUAGAUAAAAUGUUUUGUGAUGUACAGGACAAGUGCAAUUAAAGAGUUAUAUCCGGUGAUUGAAGCUUUCUGUAAAUGCUCAAAAAUCUUACACAACAGAUAUAGCAUCCCAAAAUAUUUUAUAUACAUGAAUAAUGAUAUUUUCUACCAGUGCCAUUUGAAAUUUGUCUUUUCAGUACCUUUAAUAAAAAAAAUU